AUGCAUCCUCAACAACUACUCGUUACUCUCGCGCUCACCUUGCCGGCCUUGGCGAGCUCCAUUUCCCAACUUGGCUGCUACUCUGCAGUCCCAAACCUCAAAGAUGGAGCCGAAUACACCUUCCAGUCCCAAGGAUAUUGCGAAGACAAGUGCCAAAGUGGCGGUUUCCGCGUCGCAGCUCUGACUGGCGGCACCCAAUGUCUUUGUGGAAACGAGCUGCCUCCAAAAUCGGCCCAGAUUGACGAUGCUAAGUGCAAUGUCAAGUGCGCUGGCUGGCCCGAGGACGACUGCGGCGGACAGGAUGUCUACACCGUCCUCAGCACCGGCGAUUACACCGAAGUCUCCGGCUCCAACUCCAGCUCCAUCUCCGACGCCGGGUCUGGCGACGACUCAACACCUGCCACCGCCUCCACAGCCGCCGGUGAAAUCAUCGUCGCCCCAACAAACGUCAACCCUACAUCCGUGCCAACCGGUAUCCUGACCGCACCGGCUUCCAUGAUCUCCAAGGCCAGUGCCAGCGUCAUGGCCUCGAAGUCUGCCUCUGCGGCCGUCACCUCCGUGACCACCAGCGCGUCGGCAUCACCCACCCUGAACGUCGCCAACUCGCUGCACGCCGGGUCGUCGAUCAUCGGCGCUGCGAUCGCCGGGCUUGGUCUGCUCCUGUAA